UUGAAACGGAGCGCGGUAACGGUUAAUUUUUCUGUUUGUCGUUAAUUUCCUACGUAUUCGUGUGUGAUAGUGAGUGGUCGGUCGAACGGUCAAUUCAUUGUUCUUUUCGGUUUAUUUUUAUCGUAUUUUCAAAUGUUAAUUGAAAUUUCACCUAAGCGAUCUUGACAAAGUAAUUAAGUGUGUUAAUUAAAAUCAAAAGAAUAGCUUAUGUAAAUGUGGAAUAUAACAAAAUAAUUAAGAGAAACAAAAAACAAAAAAAUAAUACAUUUGCAUUCAGUUCUUGAAAGAUUAAAAAAAAAUAUUAAUAUUAAAUACCAAUUAUCUACAAAAAAGUUACAAUUAAUAAAAAAAUCCCUAUAAUCUAUAAAAAAAAUUGUUAUUUACUUAAUCCUUUAGAAAUCUCCAGUGAAUGUGUAAAAAUAAAAACCCAGAAAAAAAGAGCUUUACAAAAUAAAACUAAAAUUUAUAAUACUGUGAUAAAUACAAAAUAAAAAAAUACAUAAAAUUAAAUAAAUGAAAAUAAAAGUUUCACAAUAAAUAAACAAAAUAGAAAAAAAAUUAUAUUAAAUAAAACAAACCAAUAAUUUCAAAACCAAAAACAACUAAAGUUUUCACAGUUCACACAAAAAUAACCAAACUAAAAAUGUUGCAAUCCCUUAAACUGCGCACAGACAAACUUAUGGAUGCUACAAAUAAUGGUAUGGAUAACCACAAUAACAAUACAAAUAAUCUAGUUGCAACAACACCGCCAACAACAGCCGCAGCAGCAGCAACAGUUUUAACAACAAAUCCACUAUUAACAACUUUGGCAACAUCAACGACUUUGUUAGCGCCAACAGUAACAGCAACAACAAAUUUAGUUAGAGAAACAUUGUCAACACCUGUUGCUCUGCAUGCUAAUGGACUUAGUGUUUUUAACAACAACAACAAUAGUAAUAAUCAUUUAGUAAACCAUACCAACAACAACAAUAAUAAUAAUCAUUUAAAUAAUAUACACCACCUGCAACAAUAUCAAGCCAAAUAUUUAGAAUCUGCCAAUGCUGCAACUGCUGCCUCCGCCUCUGCUGCUCAUAAUGUUAUAACAACUGCAGCAAAAACUUUUCAUCCUUAUUUGCGUCCAGUAACAAAAAAUAACUCCUCAACUUCACCACCCUUGACAGCAGCUAACAAUUCCUCUACAACUAAAACUACUACAACAUUGUUUCAAACACUUUUACAAAACCAAAUAAAUUCCACGGUUGUUGCAACAACAACAGCAACACCAGCAGCAGCUGUUCUAGCAACAACUAUAACAACAUCAGCUAAUACUUUGGCCACAACAGCAUCAAGUGGAUUAUUAACUUUGCCAACAACACCACCAUCAUCAUUAGAAACAGCAUCAGCAACAACUUCAUUAGCCAGCAACAACAUGGAAAACCAAUCCUCACAAAUUAAUCCGUAAGUUGUAUUCACUUGUUCUCUUUUUUUCCCCUUGUUUUUCUGUACUUUUAAUCAUCAUUUCAAACACACUUUUCUGUUGUACCCCCUACUGCCUGUUGCAUUUAACAUGGCAUUUGGAUUUAAAUACUAAAUACUUGUUUUUUUUAACUAUCCACCACCACCAAUGGUGAUAGUGGUCAUAUAUUAGUUUGACAUUCUAUGUGUAACACCAAGAUAUAUUAAUCUGAGACCUGUCGAAGUAUAUACAUAUAAUUCAGGUCCUAACGAAAUUCUGGACCCUUGUUUUUUUAAUUAUAUACAUAUGUAUAUUGCGGGUCCUGAUGAAAUUCUGAUUCGAUUUGUCUUUUUUGUCUGUUUGCCAAAAACACGCUUAAGUGUUUCCACAUUUCGCUUCACAACGUAAAAAGUUAUGAUAUUACCAAAAAGAUGUUAUAUUAUAUUAAUAGAAACCUUGAUCCAUAUCGGUACAUAAUUGAUCGUAGUUCCCACAUAAGGUCCACUUCGAAAAUUUCUUAAAUGUACAUAACAUAUGAAGAAAUUAAGAUAUCCGGAUCGGUGAAUAAUUGUUCAUAACUCCCAUAUUAUACCCACUCCUGAUAACCACACAGGCCGACUUAUUUCAUUUCUCAAUAAGCAUAUUAAGAUGAAAUUCGAUGUGAAUAUAAACCAGAUUGUUAAUUACUUGCGUAUCGGUCCAUACUUGGUCGCAACUCCUAUAUAAGGUCCGCUUUCGAGAAUUGCUUAAACGAAAAUAAGAUUCGAUUAAAAUAUAUUUUGAGUUUGGGUGAACCGGUAGGCUGGCUUAUCAGUCUGGAGGUUGUGGGUUCGAUUUCCACCAGAGACUCUAGAGUGCUACACUACAUCGCCAACAUGCUCGGUAAAUUCGGUUAGAAUAUAAUUUUUAGUUUAUUUAUAUAAUUCCACAAAAUUGUUUUCUGAAUCGUUCAUAAGUGGAAAAUCACCAAAUCGUUGAUAAUUAAGGAUAUUCUAAUGAAUAUCCAAAUAAAUAAUAUUUCUGUGUACACAAAUCGCUCCGAAAAUUUGUUAAGGUCUACUUCGUAGAGUGCAGAAUGAUCCACAGCACUCCUAUAAAGUGGACUUACGAAAGUAAUUUAAUCAAACAUAUUUCCUUAAUACCUAUAUACGUAUAUCCGUAUAAUUAUAUUUUGAAUUUAUUUAUAUCAGAUCCCCUUCCACUCUUAAUUGGUCCACUUCAGAAAACAACGUAAUUGUCCAAAAAUAGUUCCGAAAGUAACUUAAUCAAGUAUAUGUAUAUCCGUAUAAUCAUAUUUUAAGUUUAUUUAUAUCAAGUUUAGACCGAGAAAUCUUUUUUCUGGAUUGGUUCAUAAUUGGCCACAGAUUCCCUUCCGCCUAUACUGACUGACUGAUACAGCCCAAACGGCUAAUCUUAGAAUCAUGAAAUUUUGACAAUAGAAGUCUUUUUGGAUAUGUAGAUCCACUAAGGAGGGAUUUUUGAAUAUUUGUAUAUUUGGGGGUAAAAAAGGGGAAAAGGUGGUUUUCUUGAUUAUCUUACACAAUAUUUGUAAUAUAAGAAAAAUUUUAACUACAUCUACUUUUACUCUUAAA